AGGUGAACGGCGUUACUCACAGUUUUUUUUUUCUUUAGUGUGCGACCAUGCAAUCAGGAUUUAAACGCACCCACAGCAGCAGCAGCGGUGGUGGCAGCUUCGAGGGCCGCGGUCGCGGCGGUGGCCGUGGGUUCUCCCGCACGGAAGGCCGCGGCGGCGGGCGAGGUGGAAGAGGCGGCAGAGGCAGAGGUGACGGCGACCGCUUUCGUGACCGCGACCGCAGCGCAUCCGGCAUGUCCAGCAGUCGGCAGUGGUCCGGCAGCUACCGUCCGCAGGUCGCCGACGAGUCGGUGCCGCGGCCGCACCUCCCCGGCGAACGCUCGCGUGGGCGCGGACGCGGGGGCGGCAGUGUGGGCAGCAGCUCCUUCGCCUCCGCUUCUGGCGCACGGGACAACCUCCAUCGGCGCGACAGCCACCCCGUGCAGAACGCGGCGCCUCGAAUUCAAGGCAGCGGUCGCAGCCGUAAUGGAGCCGCAAAGCCGCGUGAUGUGGUGGUGAUUUUAGAGAAGGCCGGUAUUUUAAUGGGCAACAUGGGACUCGUGGACGCGUACGAUCGCGCCGCGACGACGGAGAUUGCGAACGCGUCGUUGAAGGAUGUGCGACCGGACAUUGUUCAUCAGUGCCUGCUGGCGCUCUUCGACUCUGACCUGGCCUACCAGCAUCGCCUGCGUGUGUACAUUAGCCUCUUCUCUCGGCAAGGGAAGGUGAUCGAGGUGUCGCCGGCGCUGCGCCCGCCGCGUACGUACGCGCGUUUCCGCGGUCUCAUGGCGGCUCUGCUGCGGGAUGGUCGCAUCACCUCUACGGACGGGCAGGUGCUGAUGCGGCUGAUGCCCGGGUCUGUCGCCCCUAUUAUCCCGCACGGGGCGGAGGUGAUUGGGCUGACAAACGGUCUGACUGCCCCUAUUGUGACGCCAACCCAGCUCGCGCAGCAGGCCGCUGCCGCCCCUGUCGACGACGCGUUGCAGGGCGGCAUCAAACAUGUCACAGCAUUUUACUGUGUCUCCUGCACGGACGAUUGCAACCUGGAUGGCAUCGACUACAUUACCAAGUCGGUGUGCUUGUCCGCGUACCCAAUGACGGCCCACGUGCAGAGCGCGCGCAUCUGCGAGGGCCACACGCGUGUGGAGCCGGAUGUGACUGCCAGCAAUAGCACCACAGCGAGUGCGAAGGACAUGAGCGGCAACUCGAGUACGAGCGCAGAUCACAGACAUCACCAACAGCAGCAGGCGCCGCGCGUGGGGGAGGUGUUCCCGGUAGAUCAGGGAGAAGAUCUGGAAUGA